GAUGAGCGGGUCGAACCCGAAGGCUGCGGCCGUGGGGUCAGCGGCUGGGCCCGGGGGGCUGGUGGGGGGCAAAGAGGAGAAGAAGAAGGCGGGCGGCGGCGUCCUGAACCGACUCAAGGCGCGGCGGCAGGCGCCCCACCACGCGGCAGAGGACUGCAUCGGGGCGGCGGUCACGGAGCAGGAGCUGCUGGCUCUGGACACCAUCCGGCCCGAGCACGUCCUGCGCCUCAGCCGGGUCACCGAGAAUUAUUUAUGUAAACCUGAAGAUAACAUCUACAGUAUUGAUUUCACCCGCUUCAAAAUUCGAGAUUUGGAGACGGGGACGGUGCUAUUUGAGAUUGCCAAACCUUGUGUUUCAGACCAAGAGGAGGAGGAGGAGGAAGAGGAAGGUGGAGAUGUGGAUAUCAGUGCGGGACGUUUUGUCCGUUAUCAGUUCACACCGGCGUUUCUCCGCCUCCGCACAGUCGGGGCUACAGUGGAGUUCACAGUGGGAGACAAACCUGUGUCAAACUUCCGGAUGAUUGAGCGGCACUAUUUCCGGGAACGCUUGCUGAAAAACUUUGACUUUGAUUUCGGCUUCUGCAUCCCCAGCAGCAGGAACACUUGUGAACAUAUCUAUGAGUUCCCCCAGCUUUCUGAGGAUGUCAUUCGUCUGAUGAUUGAAAAUCCCUAUGAGACCCGUUCUGACAGCUUCUACUUUGUUGACAACAAGCUGAUAAUGCACAACAAGGCUGAUUAUGCCUAUAACGGAGGCCAGUGACUGCUGCGGGAGCGGACAGGGAGGUGCUUUGCUGUGGCCUGAGGUCCCGGCACACGGAGGUGGUUGAACCUGCUGUUCAUCAACACACAUCUGGAACCUGGUCCCAGGAAGCCAAGGCUGGGGUGGGGGUUUCCUGUGGUCCAAGAGAGAUGCCAAGCAGUGCCGUGUUUUCUUCCCUAGUACUUUUUCUUCCCUUUUUUCCCUGCCCUGUAGGUCACAGAGGUACUAUAGUAAAGUAAAGGCUUAGGGAAAGUCCUGGAAUCCAGAGAAAAAAGAGAAUUUAUUUUCGCGUAGUCCUAGCUGCCUGCUGGUGGCGCUGUUGAGCCCGGGGCUCUGCGGGCACAGCCGCGUCGGCGUAAGGAGGCUCUGGCUGGCAGGCUCGCCAGUCAGUGGCUUUUCCAUAGGUUCCUGGGCGCUGUGAGAGGCUGAACCGUGGGCCUCUUCCAGGCAGCUCGCCCUCUCACAGUAUUGCCGGCGGCAUGGUCCAACCUCAGCUUGUGUGUAGUUCGAAAGCAACUGGAAAGAAAGCGGGUGCAGAGUGGAGGCGCUAGCGGCCGGCAGGGAUGCCAAACUGAAAGGUCCAUGCUGUGAAGUGGCCUGCCUCUGUCUGGCUUCCAGGGUCCUCCGCCAGCCCUCCGGGGAUACACCACGGUUUCAGCCUGGCGGCGCCUUCCUGUUCCCAUUCUGGAGCAAAGAUGAGCUUGCCUUGCGCAUCCUGCCUCCGGACUUCUGAGUGUCUCCUGAAAUAGAACGUGGCAGUUUUUUCUCUCGAGCAGUAGGAUCUCUUGAGGCCAUAGCAGGCCUCGUAUUUUGUGUUAUUUUAUUUUUUAUUCUAGGCUUCUUUUGGAGAGGUUUUAUAAGAUGUCAGUGGUGUUCCCAGCAUAUGUGAUGUGUGGUUAGACUUCUGAUAGUAUUAAUCAGGCUCCUGGGUCUAAUCUGGCUCCUGUUGGGACCAGAUGUAGUUACGGACCAACAGCUACUUAAAGGAAGGAUUUGAUUUUUCUCAACGCAGGAGGGCCUGCGGGAUUGACUUUGAUGGGGAUUUGCCUCUGAAACUGUCUAUAGAUUUCUUAUUUCGGAGGAUUUUCCUGUCUGCCUUUCUAGGGAAGUAGUUUUUGGGACCAUCCUGGCAGGUCAGACCUCUGAUGCACAUUCUAAUCCUCUGUACUGCUAGUUGGAGUUCUUUUGGUUGUUUGGAAAGGAUGAAGUAGCCUGAGGUGGCUCUCAAAGGGUGCUCUCAGACAACCUUCCUUGCACAUCCUUGUGGGCUGCGUUUGUCCCCAGGCCCUUACUGGAUAGACUCUUGCCACCUCAGCUCCGUAUGGUUGUCUAUGUCCCUGACUGUGGGUGGCUUUAGCUGCCCCUCUGAUAAGACUGUUGCUGUGGCCACGAUUUAGCCCUGACGGAAGGGUAGCAGUAGGAAGGCCCAGAUGUGUGGUAAGUCACUGGGAAGCGGCAUAGUGACUGAUGGACAGCAGUUACCCAAGAUGCUUGGGAGAAAGGCCAUGUGGGGCCCGGGAUGGAGGGCCAGCACUUUGCCGCAGAAAGUCCCCUGUGCAUUCACUAACCAGUGUUGCUCCCUGUUUGGAUUCUAGCGCAUGGGUGGCCGUGAACCUUGGCCUAGCUCUCUGUGGCAGGCCAGAAUCUGGGCUGUGUCAGGUGCCGGCAGCUUUCUCACUGAGAAAACCCUUACUUCUGUGUGUUGGACCUGGGGGUGACCACGGAGGGAAGGGAGGAGACCAGGCGCCCUGCAGACAGGUUACUCCUCACCAGGCUGGGUGAAUUUUAGAACCAGAGUCCACUACAAAUCUAGGUGCCUUAUGUGUGACUCUGUCCCACGUGCUGGCUGGGAAAGCUGCCUUGGCCUCGUUUCCUCCUCAUCUGUGGACAGACAUCAGCACUGCCUCCUUACCUUCUCUUUCCCCUCUAGUGUAUUUGUGUGUGCGUGUUGAGCUUCAGAAUCACCCCUUCUCUAUGUGACAGCAGCCUAAUCAGGAGAUUUUCUCCUAUUUGAUACACUUAGUAUCUAGGAUGUGGUUUCUGGAGCUGUCCAGAGCGCUGCUCAAUAGAGUGUGUCUUGGAAAUGUGUCCCUGGAUAGAUGAAGUCUUGCGGACUCGUGGCCUGUCUCUUCUAUGCAGUGUUAGCCUUUGCUAGGAGGAGGGCAGAGGAGGCCGGCAUUCUGGCCUGAAUCGUGCCAUAGCCUCCUCCCCGUCGGCUUGCCUUAGUCUCACUGGAGGCCGUUUUGAGGCCAUAUGCUAGGUCUGUGCCCACCAGGAAGAGAUAUGCCAUCUUGUGCUCUGCAAGGUCGGUCUGGUGGUCUGUCCCUGGGAGUCUGCAUUCGUAUGUCUCGUUAUUCAGGAAAUCAGAGUUAACCAUUCUGGGGUGUUAACCAGGGUGAGUUUGAAAUUCAGAUUUUUGUAUCUGAGCUGGGGAGAGAAUUGGAAGUCAUAUUUUCUCUGAAAGUAGCUGAAGCAAUCAGAACUUGAGCCGGGAGGCCAUGUUAUUAAGGAACCUGGACUGUUGAGAGCACUUGUCUUGGGGGUGACACAGUUGGAGGGGAAAUGACCUGCCCGGGGAGACCCUGCCUUCUGUUCAGAGCUGGUGGCCGAGUGGCAGCCGCUGGAGGAGACCGGCGGGCACACCUGGGGCCACAGGGCCGGUGCCUGCACCUCUUCCUGUCCUGUCCUGUCCUGCUCCUCUGCCUUGGAAUCUCCAGGAAGAGCAUCUCUUCCUGUGGAGCCUUUGGGCUAAGAUGCCCUUCUUGCUUCUCCAAAGAAGAUCCUUGUUGAUUUCAUUCUGUUCUAAAGAGUGAGCAGAAGAAAUAACAACUGGAAGUAGUUCUGGGCUACAGUAGGUGGCCCCGUCCUGAUACGUUGGCUCAGACAUGUUUUGCAGAGAAAUCAGUUUUCAAGGACAUGCAGAGUCCCUGAGGACACGCACAGCCUUUGGGCCAUCUGACUCCCAGACAGGGCCCGGGAUUCAGGGAGGUUGGGCUAACCAUAGACCGGUGAGUCUUGCAGUGGCAAUGACGGGGAACUUUCAAGGGGGACCCAUUUCUGAAAUGAAUUUCAGAGGCUCUGUGUACAGGACGAAUUGGGUGAGUCUUGCCUUAGUGUCCUGCCACGCCCAGGGACUCCCGGGACACUCUUUUUUCUCUGUCAAGUCACUUUCUUUUGGUGGCUGUUGUCACCAUGAUGUCAGUGAGGUUUGGGGACCGGAGACUGCCUGCCUCCAGGACCCCAGCAUAGAUUUCCCUGCCAGGGCCGGGGGUUCCUGCGCACAGGUGCUGUGUCCCCAGCGGGAGAGCCUGGUCGUGGGAUCAUCACUUACUCACAUUCCGUGUUACAGAGUAUCUUCGCCACAAGAAGGGUCUGGUGGAGGCGGAUUUACCCCUUGUUCUACCAAGGAUCGUGUAAAGUCAUUGAAGUUGUGAAAGUCUAUUUUUCCCCCUGUAAAUUGUAAAUCUAUUUUUCACAGAGUAUAAGAAACAUCAAUGACCUGGUCUGUCCUUCCUCCUCGUUCCCCGUCACCUAAGACCCUCAUUCCAGUUUGUAUUGUCUUUGUGUCCGAAGUGAACUAGGUGACUUAUUUGUAUAAAAUGUUAUUUUGCCACAAGAGACAGUAAUAAAAGAUUUUCACAGUA